AUGGAGGGUGGCGGUGAGGGUGGGGGGAGAGUUAGGAGGGGUGGAGCUGGGGCUGUGGGUGGCGACAUGGUUUGGGGUAGGGCUGGUGGGGGUGCGAGUGGUGUGGGUGCCAUGGGUUGCGGGGGUGGUGGUGAAGGUGUGGGGAGGGGUGAAGGUGAGGUUGGCGAGCAGGUUGGGGUGGAGUUGGGGCUGGGGGUGGCGGCGUGGGUUGGGGUGGGGAUGGUGGGGGUGCGGGACUGGGGAUGGGGUGGCGGUGAAUGUAGGAGAAGUGGCUAUGUUUGGCAGUGGGGGUUGGAGCUUGGGGAUGGGGGAUGGCGGUGA